AUGGUGAUGGAUUAAAGAAAUUAAAUGAGUAUUAUAAAUAAUAAUUUUUAGAUUAUAUUGUAGAAUGUUUAAUAGUACGGAAUUCUAGUAGAUGUUAAAAUGUAUGAACCUGAUAUAUUUUUUACAUUAUUUUAUUCAAGUCAGUCAAAUCUAGCAUAUCCAUGCUAAUUUGGGUUCUUAGAAAUAACUUAGAAUGGAGUCAUUUAAAGACCAAUAACUUACACUGUAGUAUCAAUUAAGUUUUCUAUUGUGAGAAAAAUUACAGAUGAUAAUAGUUAAGAAAUAUUCUUAUUCAAUGAUGUUUUAGCUUAUAGUUAUUCUCUAACACAGUAAAUAAAAUGGUAUAAAUAAAGUGGAAUUUAACUUAGAGGUAAUCAAAAUUAUAUUAUAGGUGAGACUAUUACCUCAGAAAUAAUAAACAUUUAAAACACAAUUAGUUACGUAGGUGCAGCAAGUGGAUACUUGGGUGUUAGCCCACUAAAUUAAGAUUAUCCGAUUUAAAAAGUUUAUUCUAUACAAAAAAUGUAUAGCUAAGACACUAUCCAGUUUAUCAAAAGAAGUUUUAAAUUAGGAAGUUACUACGUCAUCAAAAUUUCUUCUAUAUAAAUUUUUAAUCUUUUUUCUAACGAAUUGAUUGGAUAAAUUAACUUUGAUCUUAAAAUUUCUACCAACCCAGAUAGCUUUGAAAACAUAGUUGAUCUUUAUAUUUCAGAUAAUCUUGGCAUAUUUUUGUCUUUUAACAGGUAAUAAAUAAUUGUAAAAGAUCAAAUAAAUAAUCUGAAUUACACAAUCAAAUAGAGUUAAAUUUCUAAUUCGUUGAAUUAAGUUUAAGGCUGUUGGAUAGACGAAACAUAUUCUAAGAUUCUUGCAUAUGGAAAAAUUCUAGUUGAAUUUAAUUUAGAUUUAAGCAAUAUGAAUAUUUUAUCACCUGCUGGUCAUUUUAAUUAUGAGAUCUGCUUUUUUAUGGAAUAAUUUGUGGUAUGUAAAUUAAAUACUAAUUCCAUUUCAAUCUAUGAUAAACUAUAAUAAUAUAAAGUCUAAGCAAGUAUUUUAAUAUAAACAUUGACUUUAAUGAAUUUUAAUCUUUAAAUUGACCAAAAAUUGCAAUAUAUUUUUGCUUAUGAAAAUUAAAUUGAAAUUUACAACUUUUAAGGUAAUUAUUUAUCAAGUAUUAAUGGCUCGAAUUAACCUAUAUUUUAAUUUGAUAUCUGUUCUAGUUACUUAUUAGCAUAUACUCCAUCAGGUAAAUAAAUAUCAAUUUUUCAAAAAUUUUUUUUAUUUUACUAAAAUUUUUUAUUUUUUGUACUAUUUAACUAUUUAUACAAAUUAGAAGUUUAAUUUUUUAGAAGUAUUUAUGGUAUUAUUAGAAUUAUGAGUUUAAAUUUAAAAUUUAGUUUUUUUAUUUAAAAAUAAUUUUUAUUUAAAUUAGCUGCGAUGAUUAUAUCAAGAUAAACUUUGUAGAUCGUUAAAAAUAUUAUUCCCAGCAUUGGCUAGCUAAGAAAAGGUUUUUAUUUCCCUUAAAUAAACUUGAUUGCUUACCAAACAAAUGAAAUAACUACUGGCUAAUUAAAAUUUUUUAGCUUAAAUACUCUAUAAUCUUAAGGAAGUAUUACAUAGCCGUAUAAAUAUAAUGGAAUAGGAAAUUCAUUAGGUGCAAAAUAUGACUAAGAAAACAACAUGAUUUUUUAUGUAGAUACAUAUGGUAAUAGCUAAAUUGUUACAUUAGGCUCAACUGUCUCUAAUUAAAAUAUAAUUGGAAUCAGUGAGUUAUAAUUGUAACAAACAGCACCUCCAAUUGAUUAUUUCUUAGAUUUUGAUAUGAAUGAAAUUUUCAUCCAUAAUGGUUAAUAUAUUUGGAGAUAAAGUUAUAAUAUACUGACCAAAGUUUAUUAAACAGUUGACCGUACAGAAAAGUAGUUUUAUAUUUUAAUUUAGAGCUAAGCAAAUAGUUUCUUGAAUUCCAUACUUGUUUGUGAUAACAGCUAUAAUCUAUUUCUUUAUGACCAGUAAAAAAUGGUUUUUAUAUAACGAUUCUAAGAUUAAGUAAUUGACAUGAAAAAAUUUGUGUAGUUCAAUUAAGUAAUUAAUCUUGUUGUAUUUUCCUCUUAAGUAGAUAUUAUAAUAGGAUAAACUAUCAGCUUGAUCCCUAAUAUCAAUAAUAUUUCUUAUACUCUAUCUUAUAAAAUUAAGCAGUUCCUUUUAGUAGGAGAAAACAUUGCAAUUUUCUUAACUCAAAAUAAUCAAUUCAUAGAUUACGAUUUCGUUAAUUAGAAAUAGUUUUUUACAUAUCAAUUUAAUUAAAAUUAUUUGAUAGUUACUACUUUUAACUUUACAUAUUUAGACAAUCAAAAUCAAAAACAGAAUAUUCUUUUGGUCUCAUUGGUUUCUGGUGAAGUAUUUUAAUACAAUAUUAAUUAAAAGUAGAGCUAAAUAAUUGGAAUUUACUAACCAUCAAAUAUUGUUGUUUAAUUUAUUUAAAAAGAUAAUAGCUAGCUAGUUCUAAUAAUGUCACAAGGAAAUAUCAUACAAGUAGACAUAAAUAGCAUGAAAGCAACAAAUUCAUAAAUAUUCAACCAGAAAGCUCAAAGCAUAAACUAGAGUUAGAAUUAGAGUAAAGGCUCUAACUUAAUAUUGUUUGAUAUUGAUUAUAAGUAUCAAAGAUAUUAUCUGAGUAUAGCAGAAGAGAAGAAAUUAGCAGUAUUUAAUUUAAUUAAUAACAAUCUAAUCAAAUAUUUAUCAUUUCCAGAGCUAUACUGGAAACAAUUAUAUAACACUGAAAGCUAUCUCGUACUCGGAUGUAAAUUUUAAUUAAAUUUCUAUAAUAUUACAAAUUUAAGUUAUAUUGGCAGAUUCAGAAAAUCUAGUUUGAGUUUUUCAAUGAAAUAAUUUCUAAGCAUAAAUGAAAAAUGCUUUGCUAUCUCAUACCAAAAUGGAAUUGAAAUAAUUUUAAUUAAUACGUAAAAUUAAAUUUAAUCAGUCCACUUUAAAUAAUUGUCAUUUCCAGAAAUAAUCUCACUGAAUAAUGUGAUAAAUAAUCAAAUUUACUAAAUUUUAGCUAUAACUUCAACAGGAAUAUAUGAAUACCUAUUAAGUCUAGGAUAAAUCAGUGAUUAAAUAGCAAAUUAUAAUAGUAAUUAGUCUAAUUGCAUUUAGGAAAUUCGUUAUUAAAACAAUGCUCUUACCCAAAACUAGCUCGAUUAAAUAUCCUAAGCAAAUAUUCCUAAUAACUUAAAUUAAAUAAUUAAGAUUUCAAUAGAUUAAGAAAUAAAUUUCUCUAAUUUUCAAUCAAAUAAUUAAACAUAAUUUAUAUUUUAAUCUGUUAAUUCUACGAAUUCUAAUCUUGUUUUGAGCUAGAAUAGUUUCUUAAAUAUUAAUUAAGAUGUCAAUCUAAUUGAUCUUAAUCUGCAUUUUUAGCAGGGAUAAUAAUUAAUUUAAUUUAAUUAGAAAACUUAAAAUAUAAAUUUUUAAUCUUUGCAGAUAAGCAAUUAAAGCAUUUCUUAUGGAUCAUAAUUAUUAUUUAACUCAACUAAUUCAGUGUAAUUAGUUGAUAUGAAAUUCAUGAAUCUAAAUUUAAGUUCUUCAUAAAGAUUGCUUGAUAGCAAUAUUGGUUAACAAACUCAAUUAGGAUUAUUUGUAUUUAAAAAUAUCUCUUAUGUUUUAAUUGACAAAAUAAAUAUUGAUAAUAUGUUUUAGUUUGAUGAUAAUUUUGCUUUAAUAAUAGCUCAAUAAAUAGGAACAUUGAUUAUUAAAAAUUUAUAUAUUUCCAACAGCUUCUUUAAUGGAAUUUUAAUACAGUUGAUGGACAUUUAAAAUCUAAAAUUGGAGACAAUAAUUAUUAAGAAUUGUUAAAAUACAGCACAAAAAAUAUCUUAAUUAAACUAAUCAAUUAUUUUAGAAUUGCUAGGAAUUCAAUAGACUCUCAUAAAUAAUUUAAUUUCAACUUAAAAUAAAGAAUUAACAAUUAUCAGAUCUAAUAAGACUUACAGCAGUCAAAAUUAUAUCAGAAAUUUAUUUGAUGAUUCAUUUAUUUUAUAAAAUGCUUUUGUUUCUAAAAAUUAGUUUCCUAUCACUUAUGAAUUGAAAAAACAGUAAAACCUAUUUUUAAUUUCAAAUACAAACAUAAUUUUAAGCAGUAUUUAGUUUUAAUAAAAUGAAGGAAAUAUCUUAAUAAAAGACUCAACCUAAAUAAAUAUUAACUAAUCAAAUUUCUAGCUAAAUAAAGGAACAGAUGGUGCUUCGUUCUAUUUCAAGGACAUAAAAAACAUUUCAAUCAACUCAACAUAAUUUAUUCAAAAUGAAGUUUUUGGAAAUGGUGGAAGUUUGCUAUUUGAGGAUGUUUAAAUAAUUAAUAUUGAUUCCAAGUCAUAAUUUCUUAAAAAUACAGCUUUGAUAGGAGGUGCUAUAAGGAUUAUCUCAUCUUAAAAUAAUUUAUUAAAUCUGAAUGCUUAUGGUUUAAUUUAAGCUACUUUUUAAGAUAAUAUUGGAAAAAUUUAUGGUAAUAAUAUAGGAACUUAUCCUAUUAAGCUUAGCAUCCUUAAUAAUUAAUAAAAAGAAAUUUUUUAAGCAAACCUUUUCGAAAAAGAACUAAGUAAUAUUCUUUACAUAACUGAUUAAUAAAGUGGAGGAAAUUUAUAUUUAUCAAUCAGACUUUACGAUAAUGAAAACAAAAUUGUUGCUAUAAAUUUAAAUUAAAUUUAAUCAAACAACUAUCCUGAAAGUAUUAUGAAUGAGCUGUAGUUUUAUGUUUUUGAAUUGUUUGAUACAAGUGGGAGAGUCGAUAUCAGAGGACAGUCAAUAAUAACUUAUAAAUAAUUUUAUAUUGAGUCAUUUUCUUUUGUAUUUGACAAUAUAAUUUUAGCUGCCUAGCCAAAUAUCGUAGUUAGUUCUUAGAGUUUGAAGAUUAAAUUGACAUAGCAGCAAAUUGUUAAAAAUGUCAACAUGUAAAUUAAAUUUAGAAAUUGCUUACCUGGAGAAGUAUUUUUGCAAAUAUCAGAUAACAUAAUCUAGUGUGAAUAAUGUAUCGAAGGUACUUAUUCUCUACAGCAACCAAUACUCAAUAAUUUAUAAGAAACAGAUAGCUUAAAAUGUAAGAAAUGUCCUUUUGGUGUAAGUAAGUGCUAUUCUAACAAACUUGUCCUAUCUAAUGGAUUUUGGAGAGAAAAUGAAGAGACAGAUUUAAUUCUUUAAUGUAAUCAAGAGUAUCCAAACAUCUGCAAUUCAUAAGAUAAAGACAGCUUAAAUGGAUGUAUUCAAGGAUAUUUAGGCCCUCUAUGCGAGACUUGCGAUAUAUUUGGAAAGGUUUGGAAAAAUGGAUAUUAUGCAAAUUCAAUUUAAAAAUAUAAAUGCCAAAAAUGCAGCGAAUCUAAUAUGGAAUUUGUGUACAUUUUUUUAAUUGCAAUUUUUAUUUUUUCUUACAUUUUAGCAAAUAUUUUGAUGCUUAUGAAAAACUGCAUAGCGAAUGCUCAUGGAAAUUAUUUAAGAAUGAUGAAAUUAUUACCUUAUUCUAAAAGCUGUAUUUAAGAUGAAUCAGUUUUUAUCAUGAAAAUUUUACUUAAUUUUAUUCAAAUUUCUUCAAUUGUCUACUCUUUCAAAGUCAGCAUAAUUCCGUAAAUGGUCACCUAUAUAUUUGAGUUCUUUGGUACUCCUGCUCAAAAACUAUCAGCUAGCAGUGAAUGCUUUUAUCAUUACUUAAAUUUAAGUUAAAAUAAAAACGACAAUUCAAUUUACAUAAAAUUGACUAGCAUGUUGUAUUUAACAAUUCCGUUUCUAUUUUAUUUAACUUAGUUAAUAGUUUUGAAUAUCAUCAAAAGAAUUAAGAAAAUCUAAAUUAAAAUUGGUUUCAAUUACAUAAUUACUCAUAUCACAUUCUUUUUCUUUUAAUUUGAUGUGCUUAAUUACUUCAUUUCUACCUUUUAAUGCAGAUAAAUAGGCAGCAAAAGUUAUCUUAGCCCAAGCUUAGAGCUUUUUUGUGAUGACUAAGAUUUUUAGCUAUUUAAUUAAAUUUAUAUAAUACCUAUCAUGGCCUUUUGGAUACUAUUUCCUUUAAUCCUAUUGAUUCUAUUCUUAAAAGACUCUAAAGUAUACAAAAAUAGAAACAGUUUAAAUUAUUUUAUUAUUAAAUCAAAAUACGGAUACUUCUUCCUAGAAUUUAAAUAAAAUUAUUACUUUUGGGAGUUUGUUAGGAUUUAUUUUAAAAUAUCUAUAAUCCUAACAUCAGUAUUGCUUUAAUAACAGUAAGAAGUUUCUUCAAUUUGUCCACUUAUUAUAAUAAUCAUUUAUACUUAGUUGCUACUCGUUUUUAAGCCAUUCUAUAACAAUCAACUAAACUACUACGAAACAAUCUCCUGCUUUACUUUAAUUUUUAACAUAUUUAUUUAUCAAAUCUAUUAGAUAUACUAAUUACCUUUUAUAGAAACAAUAAUCAUUAUUUUCUAUUUUGGCUAUGUUAUUUCACUAAUUUUUAUAAUAUUUAAAAUCAAUUUAAACCAGCAAAAAAAUACUUUAUUUAAGCAUCUUAGAAAUUGUCUGAAGAACUGUCUCCCAAAAUAUUUAAAAAAUUAAAUUGUUUAAAAAAAGUAUAACAAACUUAAAACACUAAAAUUAUGGAAAAAAGCUAGUGCAAGCAUUAAAAAUAUAAAAUUAAACAAAAUUAAUUCGGAAAUAAGUAAAUUUCAAGAUCAUCUUAAAGAAGGAGAUUAAAUGUGUUUAUAAGCUGAUCAAACAUAAAUAAUGUAAAGAAAAAGAAGUAUAACCAAUGCAAAAAAACAGAGUUAUAUUUUAAGUAAUAUCUUACAUGUAAAUGAAAAAAGCACAGUUAGAAAUAAAAGACAAUCUAUUUAUAAUAUGCUUUAGAAUUAUCAAAAAGCUCUUUGUCAUGAAAACUAAACAAAAUAGCACACUAAAAAUGAAUAGGAUAAAAGUUUAAAAUUUAAUUUUAUAGAUGAAGAAAUCAAAGACUCAAAUGAUCUAAAGGCAAGUUAAAAAUAAUCUUAAAAUUUAUUUGAUUUAUAAAGUGAAUUGAGUGAAUAUUCAAAAAAUCAAAUUUAUACAAUUAAUAGUGUAAAGCAACAUAGUGCGAUGUUUAACUUUUGA